CUCUGCUUACUGCCACCUGCUUGCUGCCAUUCAGAUGGUGUUGGGUGAUCGGCUGGAACGGAUGUGCAAUUUGCUGACUGUGGAUAAUCGACUUUUGUGGCUUGGCAGCUCAAUGGAGUGUUGCAACUGCUGCAAGCAGUGCUAAUCCAGCCACCAGCGCUCCUUGAGAUUCGGCGCCACUGAUCCUUGGACUAUGGGAAACCAGCUGGCCCCAGUGCCCUCCUUCCGGCCCCAUCUCCAGGCUCUGCAUGUGGUGGUGGUAGGGCUGGACGCGGCUGGCAAGACAUCCCUGCUGUACCGCCUGAAAUUCCAGGAGUUUGUCAAGAGCGCGCCGACCAAAGGCUUCAACAUGGAGAAGAUCAGGGUGCCGUUGGGCGGCUCUCGUGCCAUCACUUUCCAAGUCUGGGACGUGGGGGGUCAGGAGAAGUUACGCCCGCUCUGGAAAUCCUACAUGCGCCACACCGAUGGGGUGGUUUUUGUGGUGGACUCGUCUGAGGCAGAGCGCCUAGAGGAGGCCCGGGUGGAGUUGCACCGGAUCGCCCGCUCCUCGGACAACCAAGGAGUCCCUGUGUUGGUGUUGGCCAACAAGCAAGACGUGGCCCAGGCGCUCUCGGUGGCCGAGGUAGAGAAACUGCUUGGCUUGCAUGAACUUUGCACCUCGACUUUGAGCCACAUCCAGGGCUGCAGCGCCGUCAGCGGACUGGGACUUCAGCCAGCCCUGGAGAAACUCUACGAAAUGAUCCUCAAGCGCAAGAAGGUCCUUCGCAACAGCAAGCGGAAGCGCUGAGGAGGAGGAGGUGGCAGCCAGGGAAGCUGGCCAUUUGAACACUUGGCACCUGGAUGUCGGUUUAUGACAACCCCUGGCAGUAUGUGGACUAACACUGGACAUGCCUCAUUGAGGCUCAGGGAUUGGGAUCCUUGAAAACAUCACCUCACUUCAACCACAAACUUUGUAUUUUCUUUUUUAAGUUGUCACAAUGGGCUCUUUUAUGAGUUCUUGCUUUUUUUGUAGAAAACAAACCUUAAAUUAUUAAAUACUCCGUAUUGCAACAUUGGGCAA